GGGCCUGGCUGAGGGGUCCCCGGGCGCAGCACCCCCCCCCGCCCCGGGCCGCGCAGGCUGCGGGGAUGGCGGCGGGAGCCGGGGGCAGCCCCCCGGGGAAGCCGGAAAGCAGCCGGUGCGGCGGCGGCGAGCUCCAGCCCCCCCGGGCGGGGCGGGUCGGGAGGGCUCCGCCGCCGGUGUGGGUCGCUGGGGUGGCCCCGCGGGGCCCGGGGUGUUGCCGCGGGACGGUCGCUGCCCGCCGAGGUCUGUCCCGUUGGGUUCGGAAGAGUCUUUCCGUGUGUCGCCACCGCUGCUAACGGAACCCCGGGACGGGCCGGAGGUGCUGCGGGGCCCAGGAGAUGGUGCAGGGUGAAGAGCACAGCUGAAGAGCCUCCCAGCGCUGCUGCCCCCAGCGCUUCAUGCAGCAGCAGGCCACAGCUGAUGCCCUCAGCUCAGCCUGCCAUGGAGGGGGGGCACAACUAUCCCCAGCACCAGCACCAGCAGCCUGGCAGUGCCCUCUACAGCUUCCCGGGGCUGUGCUCCCAGCUUGCCUUGCCAGCCGUGGAGAACUCCAUCCUGGCUGCUGAUUCCUGGAGUAGCUGCUACUCUGCCACCUUCCCAGCCUCCUCCUUCCCAAGUGAAAACCAGCAAUAUUUUAACCCCCCCCCGGAUUUUUACACCACCCCCAUCAGCAGAGCACAUUUCUUGGACACAAACUAUGCAGCUGUGGACCCUGCUGACCUACCCAAAAAUGGAGACUUUGCUCAGGACUCUUCAUACCUCGAUGAACCCUCCCACAACAACUCCCUCUUCUCCUCCCCUGCCGACUCCCUCUCCGACAUCGUGGAUCCCAAGGACUUCCUGCUGGCUGACAGCCUCACCCAUGUGCCAACCCUCUUUGAUGUGAGCACUCCACAGCACAACCAGCUGGAGCUGCUCUCAGCCAGCAGACCCUUCCCUGGCCUGAACACUUCCAACGACCAUGGCACUGCUGUCCCCAGCACCCCACUCCUCAUCAGCUACCAGUCUCAGGCUCCUGCAGAGGAGGAGGAUGAAGGGGAGGAGGAAGAAACAGAAGAGUUGGGGCAAACAGAGACCUAUGCAGAGUACAUCCCUUCGAAGUCCAAGAUUGGGAAGCACCACCCUGACCUGGUGGUGGAAACCAGCACCCUGUCCAGUGUGCCCCCUCCUGACAUCACCUACAGCCUGGCCCUGCCCCACGCUGUGGCUGACAAAGGCUCCCUCUCUGCACUACAGCUGGAAGCCAUCAUUUAUGCCUGCCAGCAACACGAGGUUCUGCUCCCCAGCGGGCAGCGAGCUGGGUUCCUCAUCGGGGAUGGUGCUGGAGUCGGCAAGGGCAGGACCGUGGCAGGCAUCAUCUUUGAGAACUAUCUGAGGGGGAGGAGGAAGGCUCUGUGGUUCAGUGUCUCAAAUGAUCUUAAGUAUGAUGCUGAGAGGGACCUGAAGGACAUUGAAGCCUCCCACAUUCCUGUGCAUGCUUUGAAUAAGAUCAAGUACGGGGACACUGCUACCUCAGAGGGAGUUCUCUUUGCCACCUACUCGGCGCUGAUCGGCGAGAGCCAGGCGGGAGGGCAGCACAGGACACGCUUGAAGCAGAUCCUGGACUGGUGCAGGGAGAACUUCGAAGGAGUUAUUGUGUUUGAUGAGUGCCACAAGGCCAAGAAUGCCAGCUCCACCAAGAUGGGCAAAGCAGUGCUGGACCUGCAGAACAAGCUGCCUCGAGCAAGGGUGGUCUAUGCCAGUGCCACAGGAGCCUCUGAGCCCAAGAACAUGAUCUACAUGAGCCGCUUGGGCAUCUGGGGCGAGGGCACUCCCUUCAGAGCCUUCGAGGAGUUCCUGCAUGCCAUCGAGAAGAGGGGAGUUGGUGCCAUGGAGAUCGUGGCCAUGGACAUGAAGGUCAGUGGGAUGUACAUUGCCAGGCAGCUCAGCUUCACUGGAGUCACCUUCAGGAUCGAGGAGAUCCCUCUGGAUCAGCACUACAAGGCUGUCUAUGACAAGGCAGCCAAGCUGUGGGCAGAGGCCCUGGCAGUGUUCCAGCAGGCAGCAGACUGGCUGGGGCUGGAGUCGCGCAAGUCGCUGUGGGGGCAGUUCUGGGCUGCUCACCAACGCUUCUUCAAGUACCUCUGCAUCGCCGCCAAGGUGCGCAGGCUGGUGGAGCUGGCCCAGGAGGAGCUGCAGAAGGACAAGUGCAUCGUCAUCGGCCUGCAGUCCACAGGGGAGGCUCGCACCAGAGAAGUCCUGGAUGAGAAUGAUGGACACCUAAACUGCUUUGUGUCUGCUGCAGAAGGCGUCUUCCUCUCCCUCAUUCAGAAGCACUUCCCUUCAGCCAAAAGAAAGAGGGACAGAGGAGCUGGCAUUAAGAGAAAACGGAGGCAGAGAGGUCGCUGCCCCAGGGCGCUGAAGGCUCUCUGCGAGCCCGUGGGGGUCAUCAAGAUCAGCGACGACAGCAGCACCGACUCCGACCUGGGGCUGGACAGCGACUUCAACUCCUCCCCCGAGUCCCUCUUCGAGACCGACGAAGUCAUCCUGGUGGAGCACAGCUGCAAUGGCUUCGUGCCCGAGGACAGGGGUAACUUCCAGAUGCUGCCCUGCCAGAGAGAGCUGCAGGGCCUGAGGGAGCUGGAGCAGGUGGAGAAGAUGAAGCAGGAGCUGCUGGCAAAAGUCAGAGCCCUGGGCAAAGAGCUACCUCUCAACACCUUGGAUGAACUCAUCAACCACUUUGGGGGCCCAGAGCAUGUGGCUGAGAUGACAGGCAGGAAGGGUCGAGUGGUCAGCAGGGCUGAUGGCUCCGUGGUGUUCGAGUCCCGUGCUGAGCAGGGCCUCUCCAUAGACCAUGUGAACCUGAAGGAGAAGGAGAGGUUCAUGAAGGGGGAAAAGCUCGUAGCCAUCAUCUCGGAGGCCUCCAGCUCGGGGAUCUCCCUGCAGGCCGACAGGAGGGUGAGGAACCAGCGGCGCAGAGUGCACAUGACGCUGGAGCUGCCCUGGAGCGCCGACAGAGCCAUACAGCAGUUCGGUAGAACACACAGAUCCAACCAGGUUUCAGCUCCAGAAUAUGUCUUCCUCAUCUCUGAGCUGGCAGGGGAGAGAAGGUUUGCAUCCAUCGUGGCAAAGCGUCUGGAGAGCCUGGGUGCCUUAACUCACGGCGAUCGUCGAGCCACCGAGUCCCGGGACCUCAGCAAGUACAACUUCGAGAACAAGUAUGGGGCUAAAGCUCUGGACAGAGUCCUCUCCACCAUCCUCAGCCACACUGAGAACAGAGUUCCUGUGCCCAAGAGCUAUGCCAGGGGUGAAGCUGCCUUCUUCCAGGAGAUGAAGCAAGGCCUCAUCUCCGUGGGGAUCUUCUGCCAUCAGAGCAAGUGUGGCAUGGUCACAGUGGAGAAAGACUGCUCCAUCACCAAGUUCCUGAACCGCAUCCUGGGGCUGGAGGUGGACAAACAGAAUUUGCUCUUCCAGUAUUUCUCUGACACCUUUGACUACCUGAUUGAGAAGGACAAGAAGGAAGGCAAAUAUGAUAUGGGCAUCCUAGAUUUGGCCCCAGGAGUGGAUGAGAUCUAUGAGGAGAGCAAAGAGGUCUUCCUGACCCCCGGGCACCCCCAGGAUGGGCAGGUUGUCUUUUAUAAGAUCAGUGUCGACAGAGGCUUGAAGUGGGAGGAAGCCUAUGAGAAGUCACUCAAGCUGACAGGACCCCAUGAGGGCUUCUACCUCUCCCUCAAGGUGCGAGGCUGCAAGCACACCUGCCUGCUGGCAGAGCAGAGCCGGGGCAGGAGCUUCAUCCUCUACAAGCCCAACAUCGGCAAGCAGAGCCAGCCUGAGAGCCUGGACAGCCUGCAGAAGAAGUACAGAAAGGUGCUGCCUGAGGAAGCCAAGCAGCACUGGGAGGGCAGCUAUGACUUCUCCUUGAGGAACUGCAACCAUGCUGCCUGGAACAAGCACUGCAAGCUGGUGCAGGAGGGCAAGGAGUGCUUCCAGGGCAUGCGCCUGCGCCACUACUACAUGUUGUGUGGGGCCCUGCUGAGGGUCUGGAGCAGGAUUGCCAACAUCAUGGCAGAGGUCACCAGCAGCAGCUACCUGCAGAUCGUCCGCCUCAAGACCAAGGAGAAGAAGAAACAAGUUGGGAUAAAGAUCCCCGAGAGCUGCGUGCGCAGGGUGCUGGAGGAGCUGAAGCAGAUGGACGAGAACGUGAAGCGCAAGCACCGGCGCCUGCUGCAGGAGCAGAGCUCGCAGCUGCCCCUGCCCCUGCUGCCGCAGCCCCUGGACCUCCCCCCGGCAGGGCCUGCCCUGCCCGCCCUGCCCAGGCCCCCCCUGCGCCAGGACGAGGUCGUGGACCUGACCUACAGCAGCAUCCCCGAGGCGGUGCUGAGCCCGGAGCCCAGUGCCUUGCGCUUCCCCCCCGAGCCCCCGCCCCGCCCGCACCAGCAGCGCUCCCUGCCCUUCGGCUUCAGCCACCGCUCUGCCUUCGACAGCGCAGCCCCCGGCCUGGAGGGGACCCUCCCUCUGCAGGAACACCUCCCCCUGCCCCAGCAGGGACCCCUGCAGGCCCUGCAGCAGCAGCAGCAGGAAGACUUCGUCCCACAGGAUGGGAACAUCAACUUCAGGGAGAUCCUGGAGGACAUGCUGAGGACGUUCAACGGAGCCCCCCAGGAGAGCCUGCUCCCCCCGGAGCGCCAGAGUGUGAUCCAGUUCAGUGGGCCCUUCCCUGACUUCUGACAGCCCAGCCCGGGCUGCAGCCCCUGCAGUGCUCAGCCCCCAGCAGCCAGGUGAGAGCUGGGGGCAGGCUCAGCUGCGCUCCUGCCUCGGGCCUGGUCCUUGUCUGGUUCAGAGGGGAGACGACAAAAACCCAAAGCAAACAACAAACCAAGGCCCCAGCCCAGAGCUCCCGAGAGCAGAGUGUGCUUGUGCCUGCUGCCCUGCCAGCUUCCUGUGCUCAGGGGGCACUGGGGUGCUGCCAGCUGCCAGCUGCUCUGGCCUCUGGUGGUCUCUGCUGGGUUUGAGUCCUGCCCAGAGGCUUCUGCCCAUGUAGGACCCGGGGGAGAUGUCCUCUCCCUCUCUGCCCUUCCCCCUGCAGACUACUGAGUCCUGCCCUCCCCCCAGCCCAGAGCUCUGCAGCUGCUGCCCCCCGAGCUGGGCAGGGGCAUCUCUGGUGCCCAGAAUGUCCCAGUGCCCAGGCUGCUGCUGCAGGUCCAUUGCUGAGGGGUGAGAGCUCAGCUGCCCCCUCACCAGGAGCUGCCUGACCAAACUGUCUGCCUGGGCUGCUGCCAGCCCUUCACAGCCCUGCUGUGGACCUGAGCCUGCUCUGGAGGGCUGGGCCCGAAGGCAGGGGGAGGGGAGUGGAGCCCCCAGGGAGUCCUCUCUGCCCCUCUGCGCAGGGCUGAGCAGGCACAGCCGAGGCAGCAGGACAGAGCCUGCUCUGCCCUCCCCGGGAAGGGACAGGGACCCUCGGGGGCUGCCUCAGCCCCCCGGGGGAGGGCAGGAGGGCUGCACCCCCCCCUCCUGUGUCAGUCUGGUGGCAGAGCUGAUGGCUUGGUGGGAGCUCAGCCACGCUGGGGCCGUGGGGGCUGCCCUGGGGCCGUGGGGGCUGCCCUGGGGGCUGCGUGCCCCAGCAGCCUGCCCUGCACUUUAGCCCUGCCAGGCUGCUGGGGCUGCCUCCAGUGUCACCUGCUGCUGGCACGUCCCUGUCCCCUGUCUGUCCCACUGGCCCUGCUCUGCCAGGGCUCGUCCUUGGCUGGGCCAGGGACACAGACCCAGGUGCCCAGCUCUGGGCCAGCCCUGCCUGCUGCUGCCCUUGGCAAAAGCUGCCCCCGAAGGGAGGCUUCCCCUGGCGAGUGCCAGCCUGGGGCCACUCCUGCUGCAAACCAAAGAGCAAAGUCCUGCUUUGCAAGCACUGCCUCAGCCACCAGCCCUGGCCCAGCACCCCCAGCCCUGGCCCAGCAGCAGCUCACCUCGGCAGGUCCGUGGGAGCCUUUUUCUCUCCCUGCUCUCAGCUGGGGCCUGGCAGGAAGCUGCCUGCUGGUGAGAAUCCUCCAGCCCUGGCAGCUGCCCCAGCAGCUCCUCUCUGGCUUUUGUUCUUUGCCUCAAGGCUUCAAAGUAUUCCCAAAGCUGGCCCCAGGAUGCUUUCAGGUGAAGGGCAUGAGCCCUGCCCUGGCUGUCCUUGGAGGGCACCUGGGCAAGGGCAUCCUGCCAGGAGAGGCCUCAGCUGGGGUCCACCAGAGCCUUGGCAGGUCAGGGCUGGAGCUGUGUCCCCUCCGGGGCUCAGGGUCUGGCUGAGCUCCCUGUUUGCUGCUGGGAGGUGUCCCCUUGGUGCCCCUGCUGCUGCCAAGGUGGGGGCUGCCUCCCCUGGCCUCUCCAGACCAAGGACUUGCCCCGGGUCGUGCCCCUGUGGGCUCAGGUUUGGGGUCACACUGGUCCCUGCCCCUCGUUUGGGGGCUUCUCUUUAACUCCCACCCUCCCCAGCUGGCAUCUGCCCCCCUGCAGCCCCCCUGGGAGGGCUUUUUACUGCGCUCAAGGAAACCUCCUUACCUCAGAGCAGACACCAAAGAAGGGGGUGGGGAGGGGGGGAGCUGCUGCCAGCUGCCCCAGGGCUCUGCUGCUGUGCUGCCAGCAGCCUCCUGCCGGCCCUGGGCAGUGCUCCCCACACAACCUCCCCUCCCCCAGCAAAGAUCCAGCCCCCAGAGCUCUUCCACGUCCUGCUUUGUCCACUUGCUGCAUUUCCAAUGUGGGGAGGGGGAGAGAAAAGGACUUGGCCAGGGCAGGGGGGAGGGAAAAAAAAAUCCCAUUUCAGAGAAGCUUCAACUCAGGAACAGGAGGAGGAUUCCUCCUCCCCCAGCCACAUCUCCUCCUGGAGCCUCACCUCUGCCUUCCUCCCUCCUAGAACAAAAAUAUGCAACCCCCUCCCUCCCCAGGCCCCUUCCCCUCAGCUCUGCAAGGACAGAGAGCACCUUGGAGGAAGCUUUUUUUCCCCCUCCUCCUCCUCCUCCUCCUCCUCCUCCUCCUUCCCCUUUGCCCCCAUCCUGUGUGGGUUUUGUUUUUUGGUCAGGGUUAAUAAUACCUAAGGAGAAUCUUUGAACUAAAUUAUUCUGCAGUCCUACUGAUCGUUUGUGCUCGGGAAUGAGCUCCCUCGGCCUCUCCUUUGGCUUCACCUCCCUCACCCCUCCUCUUUGGGUCGUUUUUGGCACUUUUCCCACCUGCUUCUCCUCGGCCUUCGGGGUGGUUGUUGUGUUUUCUAUGUGUAUUUAUACUGCAUCGAGAUGUAUAUAUGUAAAGAGAUGGGGCUGGAGGGGGGAGGAUGGGGAGCAAGGGCAGGGAGUUUGGGGUUAUUUUAGCCUAUGUGCCUUGGACUAAGAAUUCCUCCAUUUUCUACUUGCCUCAGAA